GCAAAACUUCACUUGACGAUGCCACAGAACCGACGGAGAGCUUUCAAAGGUUAGUCCGACGAGACUUCAAGAUCACAUUGCUUACUCCUGUUACAGAGGUAUCUCACUCGAGACCGACAUGAGCGAUGCUAUGCCUCGUCAAGCCAUCCGAGUCGAGCAGACCUACGGCACAUACCGCCACGAACCCGACACGUUCCAUCAAUGUGCCGUGGCAUCACAGCAUCCAAGCCGCUGUACAAGCAACACGUCCGAGCGAUCGCCAACCGCCUCGAACCAGACUCAAUGGCUAGUCGGGACAGACAGUCAGUACGAUUCUUCGGGGUACGUAGAUCAGUCACCUUCGUUUGAGCAACAUCAAGGCAUUCUUCCGAACCACCAGUUGUCGCCCUACUGGAAUGAUUACGACCGACCGGGUGUAGUCCAGGCGGAUCACAUGGGUUCUUUUCAAUCCGAUUUUGACGGCCAAGAUGGAUCUGCAUUCCCGAACUCUCCUACUAUCUACGUGCAAGGACCAGAUUUUUUUCCAUCUGCAUAUCCGUCAUUCAACCAGUGGGACCAGGACAGUCCACAAGGCACCGGCAGGAUUUGAGAUGCGCGGACUUUUGACCUAAUUUGAAACACAUGGAUCUAUCCUGUC